GCUCAGCUGGGCUGCCAGGCGGGGAGCGCAGCUAGGCGCAGGAGGAGGUGGCGGGCGCGCAGCCCGAGCUGCGCGGGACUGGCCGUCGGGGUCCCAGGACGGCGGACCCCGGGGAGCGCCCAUGCCAUGGAGAAGCUGGCGGCCGGGCUGGCCGGGCUGCGCUGGAGCAUGGGCGCUUUCCCGUUGGACCUCAUCGUCAGCCGCUGCCGCCUGCCCACGCUCGCCUGCCUCGGACCAGGAGAGUAUGCUGAGGGAGUCAGUGAACGAGAUAUCCUGCUGAUCCACUCCUGCCGCCAGUGGACUACAGUGACUGCCCACACCCUGGAGGAGGGCCACUAUGUCAUUGGGCCCAAGAUUGACAUCCCCCUGCAGUACCCAGGCAAAUUCAAGCUCCUAGAGCAGGCUCGGGACGUGCGGGAGCCCGUGAGAUACUUCAGCAGUGUGGAGGAGGUGGCCAGUGUCUUCCCUGACCGAAUCUUCGUGAUGGAAGCCAUCACCUUCAGCGUCAAGGUGGUGUCAGGCGAGUUCAGCGAGGACAGCGAGGUGUACAACUUCACACUGCACGCAGGCGACGAGCUCACUCUCAUGGGCCAGGCAGAGAUUCUGUGCGCCAAGACGACCAAGGAGCGCUCGCGCUUCACCACGCUCCUGCGCAAGCUGGGCCGUGCAGGGGCCUUGGCCGGAAUCGGCGGCCCCGGGAGCAUGGGGGCAACAGGGGGUAGUGGCGGGGCCGCCAGGCCCGUCAAAAGCAAGAUGCCCUGUCUCAUCUGCAUGAACCACCGCACCAACGAGAGCCUGAGUCUGCCCUUCCAGUGCCAGGGCCGCUUCAGCACUCGCAGCCCGCUGGAGCUGCAGAUGCAGGAGGGCGAGCACACGGUGCGCGCCAUCAUCGAGCGCGUGCGGCUGCCGGUGAACGUGCUGGUGCCCAGCCGGCCGCCGCGCAACCCUUACGACCUCCACCCUGUGCGGGAGGGCCACUGCUACAAGCUGGUCAGCAUCAUCUCCAAGACCGUGGUGCUGGGGCUGGCGCUGCGCCGCGAGGGCCCGGCGCCGCUGCACUUCCUGCUGCUUACCGACACGCCGCGCUUCACUCUGCCGCAGGGUCUGCUGGCCGGGGACCCGCGCGUCGAGCGCCUGGUGCGCGACAGCGCCUCCUACUGCCGCGAGCGCUUCGAUCCCGACGAGUACUCCACUGCGGUGCGCGAGGCGCCCGCGGAGCUCUCCGACGACUGCGCCAGCCCGCGCCGUGCGCGCCUCUGCCUGCCCGUGCCGCGCACCCCCGGGGCUGUCCGCGCGCCUGGACCGCCGGGUCGCCCGGGUCCCGCCUUGCCCGGGCCAGGCGACGGCGACCAGGAUUACGUGAGCCCCGAUUGGGCGGGUGCGCCCGAGCCAGCGGGCGGCUGCGCCGAGAUCCCCUACGAAGAGCUGUGGGUGCACCAAGCCCCCGAGAGCCUCGCCGACGCCCGUGCACGGCCGCUAGCUGGGCCAGACCUCAUCUCCUUCGGGAUCGUGGGGCCCCCACGACAUGAGCCAGAGGCACCACCGCCUCCUGUCCCUCCCAAAUCCGAGGCGGUGAAGGAAGAGUGCCGCCUGCUUCACGCCCCUCCAGUGCCUCCUAGGGGUGGCGGCAGCUGCAGCAAGCUGACAAGCAGCCCUCCCGUGCCACCCCGCUUUCCCAAGCUGCAGCCUGUCCACUCGCCCAGCUCCAGUCUCUCCUACUAUUCCUCUGGCCUGCAGGAUGGGGCAGGAUCCCGCAGUGGCAGUGGCUCCCCAUCACCGGAUGCAUACUCUCUCUAUUGCUACCCUUGCACCUGGGGAGACUGUAAAGCCAGCGAGUCCUCUAAUCGCCCGCCACCCGGACCCCUGCCUUCUACCACCACCCAGCCCAGCCAGGCCUCAAGAGCCCUAGCAGAGCCCCUGAGUGGUCGAACCCCCUCCGUCUUGGGAGCUGACACCCCAGUGGUUAAGAGCUACCAUAGCUGCCCGCCUCUGUUUAAGCCCUCUCGUCCCCAGAAGUCCUUUGCUCCCUUUGGUGCACUCAACCCCUUCUCUGGGCCUGCCCACCCUUCAGGUGCUCCAGGGGCUUCCUCCUCUGGGUCCAUAUCCACCUCGGGUGUCCUGGCUACCUCUAGCCCCACCCACUCCCCAGGCCCAGGCCCACAAGGCCAAGGUUACUCAGCUGCUCUCUCCUCCUUGUCAUCCUCUGAGUGGCAGGAGCCAGCGCUGGAGCCCCUGGACCCAUUUGAGCUGGGGCAGGCCAGUCCUCCUGAGCUGGAGCUGGUGCGCUGUCAGGAGCCCAGAGCUACGGGGGCACCCGGGUCAGGACCUUGCCUUUCGCCACUUGGUCCGCCCAAGGCCUUUGAGCCCGAAGGUUUGGUACUGAGGCAGAUCCCUGCCUCACUGUCACCAGCUGCCUUGCAGGGGCCCGAGGCAGGAGGAACCCUACUCUUUCUCACCCAAGGGUGCCUAGAAGGGCCUCCUGGCAGCCCCCAGGAGACUGGCAUCCCUGGCAUCCCUGGGGUCCGGGAUGCCUCAUCCUGGCAGCCACCCGCAGACUUGUCUGCACUCUCCCUGGAAGAGGUCUCCCGUAGUCUGCGCUUCAUUGGGCUCUCAGAGGACGUGGUGAGCUUCUUUGCCCGAGAACGCAUCGACGGAAGCAUCUUUGUGCAGCUCAGUGAAGACAUCUUGGCUGACGACUUCCAUCUCACCAAACUUCAGGUCAAGAAGAUCAUGCAGUUCAUCAAAGGUUGGAGACCCAAGAUCUGAACUGUCCAGCCAGCUGCUGCACAGCCUCAACUUGGGGAGCAGCGGCCCUG